UGAUUCCAUAAACAUAGGGCAGGUAGGAGAGACGGCAUAAAUGAGCUGCUCUGUAACUCUGGACAGCACUGGAUCUCCUUUUCAACUAGGUGAAGAGUUUUCCUGCGUUCCUUUUCUCUAUCCUCCUGGAGUGUAUAUUGGGACAGGGUUUAUUGCUGUCCUUUUAGAUUCUGAGAAGAGAUUCUGACUUCCAGAGACAGAGUCAUGCGAUACACUGAGCUUAUUCAAUUAUGGGACGAAGCUGUGCGUGCUGUGGACAACCGAGACUGGGACGGUGCUCUUGCCAAGCUCAGUCAGAUCUCUGAGCCCACAUCUCGGACUCUGUUCGUCACCGCAUCUGUGCACCUCGCUUUGGGCCAGGUCGAGGAAGCAAUUCAAGCUCUGGAUCAGGUUAUUGCCAAGGACGAAAGGCUUGCUGUGGGCUUUUUCCAAAGGGCUGCAGUGCACAUGAUGGCAGGAAGACUGGAUGAGGCUCUCGGCGACUGUGUUUGGGCGCAGAAGCACUUGAGAACCAAUACUGUCAUUGACUACAAACAGCUGGGACUGCGCUAUAGACUCUACAGCUGGCAGGUUCUUUAUAAUGCAGCUGCUGUGCACUGUAGACUAAAACAGUGGAAUAAAGCUGCAGAGAUCCUACAGGCUGCUUUACAGGAGGGAGGAGGAAGAGGAGAUCAAGUCGACUCGGCCAUGAAGAGUGUAGCGAGGAGGGAGAUGAUUGCGCCUCUAGUGGUCCCAGAGGGAGUGGUGUUCCGGCCCAGGAAACAGUAUGUGGAGGAGCUUCAGCCCAGAGACUUCCUGGGCAAAGCGGAGGUCAUCAUUUCUGACAUCCCGAACGAUGACUUUGGUGGUUUUGAACCUCUGAGGUUGCAGAAACCUGGAUAUUAUGAGCCACAGGUUGAAGAGGGCCAGGACUCGCGCUACAUGUGUGUGAAGAAGGCUUACAUUGGGAGGAAUGCGGGUGAGCUCACUGUGCCGGCCGGUGCUUACGUGUACGUGUUCAGUGAAGAGGACAAGGACGGACUCGUCACAGUCAUAUAUGACGGCCAGAGAGGCCUGCUGCCAAGCCUCCUGCUCGAAACAGUGAUGAAAAAGACAAAAGACAAGAGAAGGAAAAGCUCCGCUAGUGGGAUUCCUCUCCCGCCGAGCAUGAAGCCCCCUACACGCCCACAGACUGCUGCUCCUCCUCCUCCAGAAUUGCCCUCUGUGGACACCAGCAACACACAGACCACACCUUCUACGCAGUACAGCAGCGCAGCCCUGAGCCCUAAUGCCCAGACGACAGGAGCAGACUCAGUCGUAGUUAAGGUGCACUACACUUACACCAUUGCUUUGAGUGUCCCACUAGAGACACCAUACCGGGAGCUGCAGGAGAGAAUCGCUCAGAAACUAGGACAGCCUGCUGAACUCAUUCGUCUGAGACAUAAGCAGCAUGGCUCCUCCGUCCUGACGCCUCUGGAGGAGGAUGGAGGUGUGAGGAGCCUGGCUGAAGUGGCAGAAGCAGGCCGAGCCACUCUGUGGUGUCAGUCCGAGGAUCCUCUGGCAAACAGGAAAAUUCUCUACCAGAUGGUGGCACUAUAUGACUACACGGCACAAGGACCUGAAGACCUGGAGUUCAGUGAGGGGGACACCAUUGACAUCCUCAGUGAAGUGAAUGAAGAAUGGCUAGAAGGACACACAGCUGGAAAUAUUGGCAUUUUCCCCAGAUGUUUUGCCUAUAGUGACUCUCCAGAGAAAGUCACAGUCAGUGAAACAACAUCACAAGAAAAUAUUAAGUAGUGAUUAUAAAUAGAUUAAGGUGUGUUUGCUGGGUAAUAUUUUGUAUAAAAAAAUAUAUAUACAAUAACAUCACCAAACAUGCAGUACUGUGCUUAACAUAGCAUUUCACAUUCUAAUCAUAUUGAUUAUAUGAAAUCACGACUGCAGUUAUGUUUCUAUCUUUCUAUUAUUAUCAGUGUACGAUAUUUGUUUCCGAGCCUGUAAUGGAAAUUCCACAUCAUAUGAUUUUCAUUUAUAAUUUGUUACGUACUAUGUAUUUCUCCACUAAAGUCAAAUUUGUCUGCCAGGCAUAAUUAGCACCAACUUAUUGUACAAUGUUAAUAGGUGGGGCACCUGGAUGAAUGUAAAAUCUUAUAAAACUGGAUUGUCAGA